UUGAAAGAAGUUCCCUUAAAUGGCAUUUUUGGUUAUUGUUACGUCUGAUUUUGCAGGCAAUAUUAUCGACAACGAUCAUCAUCAUCAGCUCAUCAUCGGCUCAGAAAAUAACUCGCCGGCAGCUGCGUCGUCGAGAUGGAAUCCAACGCCGGAGCAGAUCACAGCUCUGGAAGAGAUAUACAGAAGAGGAACACGGACGCCUACGACCGAACAAAUCCAACAGAUAGCAGCUAAGCUCCGUAAGUAUGGCAGAAUCGAGGGCAAAAACGUUUUCUAUUGGUUUCAGAACCAUAAGUCUAGAGAGAGACUUAAGCGACGCCGUUGUGAAGGAGAUUAUGACAUUAACAACGCUCAUGAACCACUUAAAGACUUCGAGGAUUCAUCAUCAGGUGAUUAAAUAAUAUUACUUGAUUAUUAUACAUUAAGAAUAUCA